AUGAAAAUAAAUAUCGAGUCUCUCGAAGUCAUUUUCCCUUAUGAAAAAGUAUACCCAGAGCAAGUACAGUAUAUGACCGAUAUCAAGCGCACACUUGAUGUCGGCGGGAACUGUAUUCUAGAAAUGCCUUCAGGCACAGGUAAAACUGUCUCCCUGUUAUCCAUCACAGUGGCUUACCAGAUGAAUUACCCAGAACAACGUAAAAUCAUUUACUGCUCUCGUACAAUGUCUGAAAUUGAAAAGGCCCUAGCAGAAUUGCGUAAUCUCAUGGCCUACCGUGCUAAAGUGCUGGGUUAUACUGAAGAUUUCCGAGGACUUGGUCUUACGUCAAGAAAAAACUUGUGCUUGCAUCCAGAGGUUCGCAAAGAACGAAAAGGUGCAGUAGUUGAUGAAAAAUGCAGAUCCUUAACAAAUGGUAUCUCCAAAUCUAAACUCCAAGCUGGUGACGAAACUGCAAAGCUAUGUGAGUUUCAUGAAAAUUUAUACAACCUCGAACCACAUAACCUCAUUCCAGCAGGUGUUUAUACCUUUGAGGACCUUAUAAACUACUGCGAAUCAAUCAAAACAUGCCCCUACUUUACAGUACGUCGAAUGAUGCCCUACUGUAACAUUAUCAUUUACUCAUACCAUUAUCUUCUCGACCCUAAAAUCGCAGACAGAGUUUCCAAAGAGCUCUCAAAAGACUCCAUUGUCAUUUUUGACGAAGCACAUAACAUUGAUAACGUUUGCAUAGAAUCCCUCAGUGUUGAUUUAACCCAGGAUUCACUAAGGAAAGCUGCAAGAGGUGCCGCAGCUUUGGGCAGAGCAGUCGAUGACGUUAAACGCACAGACGCUUCCAAAUUACAACAUGAGUACGAAAAGCUGGUUGAAGGUCUUCAGCAGGCUGAAGCUGAUAGGGCAGAAGAUCUUUUCAUGUCUAACCCUAUUCUUCCAGAAGAUAUCUUAAAAGAAGCAAUUCCAGGUAAUAUUCGCCGCGCAGAGCAUUUCGUUGCAUUCCUUAAACGCUUCAUCGAGUACCUUAAAACUCGUAUGCGCGCACUUCACGUCAUUUCAGAAACUCCCACAUCUUUCUUGAAACAUUUAAAAGAACUCACCUACAUUGAAAAAAAACCUUUAGGCUUUGCUACCGAGCGAUUAAACUCCCUUGUUCGCACACUAGAACUGACAGACAUUGAAGACUUUGUCUCCCUAAAAGAAAUUGUUACAUUCGCAACUCUUCUUGCUACAUAUGAAGAAGGCUUUGUUCUUAUUCUAGAGCCCUUUGAAACUGAAGGCUCUACAGUUCCUAAUCCUAUCUUACAUUUUUCUUGCUUAGACGCAUCCAUCGCCAUGAAACCUGUUUUUGAACGCUUUUCUUCUGUCAUCAUCACUAGUGGUACAAUCUCUCCGCUAGACAUGUAUCCGCGAAUGCUUAACUUUGAUACGGUCAUUCAAGAAUCUUAUUCCAUGACACUUUCUCGACGAUCCUUUUUACCCCUCAUUGUCACCAAAGGAUCUGACCAAGUAGCCAUCUCUUCCCGCUUUGAAAUCAGAAACGAUCCCAGUAUUGUUAGAAACUACGGUAACCUACUCAUUGAGUUUUCUAAAAUAACCCCAGAUGGUCUCGUCGUCUUCUUCCCAAGUUACCUGUACAUGGAAAGCAUCAUUUCUUCUUGGCAAGCCAUGGGAAUUCUAGAUGAAGUAUGGAAAUACAAACUUAUUUUGGUCGAAACGCCAGAUAGUCAAGAAACAAGUUUAGCCUUGGAAACUUACCGCACGGCCUGCAGUAACGGCCGCGGUGCUGUUAUGUUUAGUGUCGCUCGUGGUAAAGUUUCGGAAGGUAUCGAUUUCGACCAUCAUUAUGGACGUGCAGUUUUAAUGAUUGGACUGCCCUUCCAGUACACUGAAUCUCGUAUUCUAAAAGCCCGUUUGGAGUUUUUGCGUGAAAACUUUCACAUUAGAGAAAACGAUUUCCUUUCUUUCGAUGCUAUGCGCCACGCUGCCCAGUGUCUGGGUCGUGUCUUGCGUGGUAAAGACGACUACGGAAUCAUGGUUUUGGCUGACCGCCGGUUCGCCCGAAAACGAAGCCAAUUGCCUAAAUGGAUUGCACAGGCUAUUUUGGAAGGUGACAUCAAUCUUUCAACUGAUAUGGCUGUUGCUGCUUCGAAAAAAUUUCUGCGCACUCUUGCGCAACCAGCAGAUAUUGAGGAUCAGAACGGUGUUAGUGUUUGGACUCAGGAGCAGGUGGAGGAAUUCCAGCAAAAGCAGCGCAUUAGUAAUUCCAUGCACCCUCAACCAGAGCCUAUGGACGUUUCCUAA